UGGGUCGCCACAGCCGCGAGGGGCUCUGAGGCGCGAUGGCUGCCCGUUGCUUGGGCUGCGGCGUCGGGCGGCUCCUGGGCGGCCUUCGCGGGGUGGGGGCUCGGGGCCCCGGGGUCCCCCGUCUCUGGAGCAGCGCCCCCGCCGCGCCGCCCGGCUCUUAUCAGGAGCGGAUCGCGCUGGCCGCGCGCGAGCCGGCCGCCUUCUGGGGGCCGCUGGCGAAGGACGUGCUUGUGUGGGACACCCCCUACCACACGGUGAGCGACUGCGACUUCCGCAGCGGCAAGAUCGGCUGGUUCCUGGGAGGCCAGUUAAAUGUGUCCGUCAACUGCCUGGAUCAGCAUGUUCAGAAGUCCCCAGAGAGCGUUGCUUUGAUCUGGGAGCGGGACGAGCCUGGAACUGCGGUGAGGAUCACCUACAGGGAACUGCUGGAGACCACAUGCCGCCUGGCCAACACACUCAAAAGGCAUGGAGUCUGCCGAGGGGACCGUGUGGCCAUCUACAUGCCCGUCUCUCCUAUGGCCGUGGCUGCAAUGCUGGCCUGCGCCAGGAUCGGAGCCGUCCACACCGUCAUCUUUGCUGGCUUCAGUGCGGGGUCCUUGGCUGGGAGGAUCAAUGAUGCCAAGUGCAAAGUGCUCAUCACCUUCAACCAAGGACUCCGGGGAGGGCGCGUGGUGGAGCUGAAGAGGAUCGUGGACGAAGCCAUGAAGCUCUGCCCCAGCAUCCAGCAUGUCCUGGUAGCUCACAGGACAGACAACAAGGUUCCCAUGGGGAACCUGGACAUCCCCCUCGAGCAGGAGAUGGCCAAGGAGGAGCCCGUGUGUGCCCCGGAGAGCAUGGGCAGCGAGGACACGCUCUUCCUGCUGUACACCUCGGGGAGCACCGGGAAGCCCAAGGGACUCGUCCACACCCAGGCAGGCUACCUGCUCUAUGCCGCCCUGACACACCGGCUAGUGUUUGACUACCGGCCAGGAGACAUCUUUGGCUGCAUGGCCGACAUCGGCUGGAUCACGGGACACAGCUAUGUGGUGUAUGGGCCCCUCUGCAAUGGAGCGACCAGCGUCCUUUUUGAGAGCACCCCAGUUUAUCCUGAUGCUGGUCGGUACUGGGAAACAGUGCAGAGGUUGAAGAUCAACCAGUUCUAUGGUGCCCCGACGGCCUUCCGGCUGCUACUCAAAUACAGUGACUCCUGGGUGAAGAAGUACGACCGCUCCUCCCUGCGGACCCUGGGCUCAGUGGGAGAGCCAAUCAACCACGAGGCCUGGGAGUGGCUGCAUCAGGUGGUGGGGGACGGCCGGUGCACGCUGGUGGACACCUGGUGGCAGACAGAAACGGGUGGCAUCUGCAUCUCUCCACGGCCCUCGGAGGAGGGGGCGAACAUCCUGCCCUGCAUGGCGAUGAGGCCCCUGUUUGGCAUUGUCCCUGUUCUCAUGGACGAGAAGGGGAAGGUCCUGGAAGGUGGAGAUGUGUCCGGGGCUCUGUGCCUGUCCCAGGCCUGGCCAGGCAUGGCCCGGACCAUCUACGGAGACCACCAGCGGUUCAUAGACGCCUACUUCAAGGCCUUCCCAGGUUACUACUUCACUGGGGACGGGGCGUACCGAACCGAAGAGGGCUACUAUCAGAUAACAGGGCGGAUGGACGAUGUCAUCAACAUCAGUGGCCACCGGCUGGGGACAGCAGAGAUUGAGGAUGCCAUGGCCGAUCAUCCCGCGGUGCCGGAGACUGCCGUCAUCGGCUACCCCCAUGACAUCAAGGGAGAAGCUGCGUUUGCCUUUAUCGUGUUGAAAGAUGGCACAGGGGACGUGGAUGUGGUGGUGAAAGAGCUCCGGUCGGUGGUGGCUGACAAGAUUGCCAAGUAUGCGGUGCCCGACCAGGUUCUGGUGGUGAAACGUCUGCCAAAAACUAGGUCUGGAAAAGUCAUGCGGCGGCUCCUGAGGAAGAUUGUCACUGGCGAAGCUCAGGACCUGGGGGACACCACCACCCUGGAGGACCCCAGCGUUAUCUCGGAGAUACUCAGUGCCUACCAGGAGUACAAGGACAAGGGAGGGGCUUUGUGACGAUGCUGCCCAGGCCCCCACCAGCCCCAAAUGGCUUGUUCUUGCCAUCCCUACAGAACCUGCGCUGCCCUCAUGCAAAGACGUGAGGUCCCGCCCACCCUCCACUUGUGAACCCACGACAGGUCCUCAGACAGGGAGAGCUUCCUCCCUCUUGCCCUGAAUCUGCCACCUGGUGCAAAGUCACUGUCACCUCCAUUCUCAUGUCCUUUCCUGACAACACAGGUGACUGGGAACAAGAAGCGGGCAUGCUUUUUCCAAUAUUUCUAGAAAUGAAAGGCAAAAAUUUUAUUUUUAUACUUUUAUAUUUUAGAAGAAAAAUGGUGUAGACACACAGGUGCAAUGUGUGGAUUUAUUUGUACACACUCUUUAUAAGUUAUGACAAGUUCCUUUUUUGCCUCUACCUGUGGGGAGAUGUGGAGGGUCGGAGGGUCUGUUCUGGGUAUUGUUUGGCAUAUUUGAAAUCCGAAUUGGAAAUGUUUGUACUGCUGUCUGAACUCAGCUAUCUUGAAACCUUUCAUGCCUGCAGCACCUGUUUUGGGUGUGUGUUUCUACUUCUCCUGGUUUCUGUAAUGAACCCUAACUCCUAAAAGCA